AAAAGAAAGUAACACAUAAUAUUUAUUUUAUGUUUAGCAUGGCGUUUCAUUGCAAUAAAAUAGAUACAUUGAAGUUAACACUUAAUACAGCUUCGAAAAGAAAAUUACAAAAAGACAUAGAAGGACUUCAAUUACGUAACUUGGAAAGACAAUAUUCAGAAGAAUUAACAACAAUCGCAACUGAAAUUGAAUUAACAACAGAACAGCUAACGGAACAAAAGAAUAUGCUAUCUCUUGCUCGACAUCAAAUUUCACUAGUGGAGAUAUGCACAACAUCAGAGAAAUCCAAAAUACAAAACGCGAUAACUGAAUUAAACGACCAUAAAAGAAGUUUUGUGGACGAAUUUGACAAAGUGCGCGUUAUAUCAGAGAUGCGCAAGAGAGAGCUGAAACAAAGCGAAGAAAAUGAACUAGAGUUAUUACGCCAAAGAGAAAAAGAAACUGAGCAAAAGAAUGAACAAAUAUUGAAGCAAAUCAUUUGCGUCGAAAAAGAGUGUGAUGACAUUGAACGCGAAUGUGCAGUCUUGAAAAAACGAAACCACGCCAUUAUGCUGAAAAUGAGACGUAAGUUGGUAGAAACAGAAAAUGUUCGAAAAGAGCUUAUGAAGAAUAAUUAAGGAUAUUGACGAAUAAUAUCAAACAAGAAGUUAUUUAAUUCAUGAUUUUAAUGAUUUCCGUGAAAAAUUACAAUAAACAUUAUUUAUUAA